UGGUCCCCAACAGUGAGGAGUCACACUGAGAAACGAGAGAGAGAGAGAGAGAGAGAGAGAGAUCAGGAGAAUGGCGACGGCGAUAAUACGUUCAGCUCUAUCCCGAGCAGCUAUCCGCGCAGCUCCGAGGACAUCCCUUGCUCCAAAGCGGAGAUUUUCAUCUUCUGCCGGCCUUGACGAUGCUUUCGAAGCUAGAAAGUGGGAGAGCAUAACAUACGGGGGCAUUUUUAGUUGCACUCUUCUUGCCGCCUAUGUUUUGUCCAAGGGUCAUCUUCACGGCGACGAUCCUCCUGCGUAUCCUUAUAUGCACACCCGUAACAAGGAGUUUCCUUGGGGUCCAGACGGUCUGUUUGAGGUGAAGCACAACGAUGGGCACUGAGAUGUUGCGUCUUUACAAUGCUUAUCGUCUUUGUUUAAUAACUUCGUUAGCUAUUUGGUAUUCCAAUCCUCCUUUCUUGUGCUGGGAAUUAAGAAUGCUACUUUUUUUUGUCAAUCAUUAAAGACUCUAUGUUCUCUUCAAA